AUGGAAAAGUAUUACCUUGCUCGGAAACUGGUGAAGGACAAUCCACACAAGCUUACUUUGGUGAUGCGACCCGAUGAGGAUUACGACAAGAAACUUCAGGAAGAGGAGAACACACGUCUCUCUGAGAUCAGCUCGACAUUGAGUGAGGAAGAGAAGAUGCAGCUACAUAAAAGGGGUUUAGAAUUGCUGGAGAAACAGAUGCAUACAGAGGACCUUUCUUGUCUUCCAACCAUUCACAUUGCAGAUAUCGAGCGUGACAUAGUCAGGGUACCAACAACAAUUCACUAUGCAUCCAGUGGUGUCCCUAUUUACUGCUGUGCACAACCAACUAACGAGAUCACUUACAUGAACCUCCUAGCCGAUACCUCACAUCUACCCGAGGAUCUCAAAUCAUAUCUACCUCUAUUCACCGAUAUCUUUACAAAAAUGGGUGCUGGUAUUUGGAAUUACAAGGAAUUAUCACAAUUGAUUGAUCUUUAUACUGGAGGUCUUGGAUGUUCCAUAUUCAUGAGUAACCAUCAUACGGAAUCAAAUACUUAUGAACAGUGUAUAAGAUUGAGUUCUCACAGCCUUGAAAGAAAUUUUGACAAAAUGUUAGAUCUCUGGCAGAAUGUUAUUUCCAGACCAAAUUUCUCUGAUAAUGAUCGACUCAAGACACUGAUUCGAAUGAUUGCCUCUGACAUGGCUUCCAGUCUCCCUAACAGUGGUCACAUGUAUGCCAUGGGCCAGGCAUCCUCAACUCUUUCUCCUUCGGCCCAAUGGAAGGAACUUUUCUCAGGAGUAACUCAGGUGAACAUGAUGAAGACGCUGGCUGAGCUUGACAAUGUUGAUGAAAUUGUGGCUAAGCUGGAGCAAAUAGCUGGCCAUGUCUUAAACUUCAAAAAUGUUCGUGUUUCUGUGAAUGCCACCGAAGAAGCAAUGGAAGCCACCGUUCACAAACUAGACACAUUCUUGCAGCCUUUGUCGCAGGAAUUCUCUACAGAAAGAGUUCUUGUCAAUGAUUCCAAAUUCCAACCGCAUGAAAAACGGACCCACGUCGAGUUGCCGUUCACAGUAAAUUACGUCUCCAUGUCGGUGCCAAGUGUUCAAUACACACAUCCUGACAGUUCAAGCUGUUUUGAUUCCUUUUGUAGAGAGAAAGGUGGAGCCUAUGGAAGCGGCGCCUUAAACGGUGACAGCACUUUCAACUUCUUUUCAUAUCGCGACCCAAACUCCUUACAAACGUUGGACGUAUUUGACCGGGCCAUAGAGUGGGCCGUGAGUGGUCAGUUUACAGAUGAACAUGUUAAUGAAGCCAAACUAUCUUGCUUUCAACAGAUUGAUAAACCAGUUCCACCCAGUUCCAAAGGACUCACGUAUUUCCUUCAUGAUAUAACUGAUGCAUUACGUCAGGUAAAAAGAGAUCGAAUAUUCGCAACCACCAAAGAAGAUUUAGUUCAGGUCGCUAACAAGUGAGUACAUGUUUCAUACAUUUUCC